UAAUGUAACUGUUACACAGAUAUCACAUAAAGAUUGGUGGAAUACGGCGAACGGUUUGCAAGAGGACGUGGCAAGAUACUUUCCAAAUUUCAGAGGCAGUUGUAAAAUCAAUGCAGGAAAAAUGUGAGCGUGGUCACAACAGUGUGUUCGAUGGAAGGGGACGCCAUACAAACCACACAGUUAAUCCAGCCGCCCUUAAUGGCGCAAUUAUGGCGCACAUUAACACAUACCCAAGAUAUGAGCAUCACUAUUGCACUGCAAAGCUUGGACAAUUCUACUUGUCGCCGGUCCUAACUUUGGAUGCUAUGUUUGCCGAUUUUGUUAUCAAGCAUCCUAUGAUUGCCGACGCCCACAGAAAGGAACAAGUCUAUAGAAGAUGUUUCCGGGAUAGUAACUUGACCAUUGGACACACGUACACUGAUACUUGCCGAAAAUGUGACAUUCUUGAUGUGGAACUUAAAAUAGCUCGGAGAAAUAAUAACGUGCGUCAGAUUGAUGUGGCGGUGGACGCAAGGCGUGUACAUCUCGAUUUCGCUGCUAUUGCCAGAAAUCAGCUUAUUCAGGACGAAUUGCGAAGCCAGAAUGACCCUGAAUUUGUCAUGAUAUGUGGUGAUAUGCAGAAGGUUCUUACAAGAGAACAUUCUUACAUUGAUUGAUUCAUUCAUUGAUUCUUACAAGAGAACAUUUCGCCCCUGGAUUUUGGACGGAGCACAUAAUAAGACAACCUCAUAUCAGUGGACCAAUUGGUCGUCGCCCGCAUUGGAACGGUCAAUGUUUAGCUCCCUUUGUUCUUGUAGUUAAAUACAAUCAUCCUAUUCCUAUUUCAAGAGAAAAACAUGACGACCUCAUGUCUAUGCUCCCAUUACUUAUGCCAGAGUAUCGCCAAUUUUACAGGAAUUUGCCUCGCGCAUGAGGAAGUUCAAGUAUUUAUAUUUUUUAAGCUUGUCCUUGCGUUACAUACAUCAUUUCCACCUGUUACCUCGUAAAUGUAUGAUUAUUUAAAAAGAUGCGAGUAAACUUUAAACCAUGUUAAAGAAAAGUUAUAAUAA